CUUUUGGAGAUGAGAACCGCUGUCAAAGCAGCUGCCGGCGUCAAAAGAUACCAUUUCCGCGUCGACUUUCAUGAUGGCUUCCAACCUGCUCCGUCCCAUCAUAAGAACACAAAACAAAGAAGAAGAAGAAGCGAAGCACACAAUAAGAGCCAGCUAGCUAGCUAAGGAAAAAGCAAGCAUUUCCUUUGAACGCGUAGAGCUACAAUGACGUCUUUCAAGUAUCUCAUCCUGAGCUUGGCUGUGAUGGCAACCUCAGCGUUCCAACCCAUGUCGUACGGAAGACCCUCGCUUGCAUUGAAAGCCCAGAUUGAUGAAGCCAAGAUCAAGGAUGCUGCAGAACACUUUGGAAAAUAUCCGGUGGAAGAAAUUGAAGAAAUGAAGAAGGAAAUCCACAAGGAACGGGUCCAAAGUCUCAUGUUUGAUCGAAACAGUGUCGUGAGCGCUGAAAAGGCAGCAGAGCAACGCCUCAUUGAGCAAGAACUCGAUCUCCAGCUUUCUCUAUUGAAGAAGGAUUUGGAAGAAGCAACUCCUGAACAAUCACUGUUCCCUGACAUGACAAUGUUUCCAGACGUUGAGGAGCCCAUUGAAGAGCUACCGCAUCUCAAAGACAACACAAUGGCUGCGAAAGGUGUUGCAGAUCAGAAACUCUUCAUCUUUGAAGAAGCCUUCCUUGAGGAGAACGUCUUAGAGACACUUGCUUUCUGCGCGGUUUUGGCACUAGUGAUGGUGGCUCCUCAAAUCAUUUAGUCUUGGCGGCCUACACUUCUCAUGGUUCCUACCAUUUCUAUAUAUCCAAUAUCCAUCGACAACCCAGAACUGAGCAAAAUCUGCAAACUGCAAGAAACAGUCUGCCAAAUUUACAAGAGAAAGCUACAACACAAGGGGCAGGCUAGAAUACAUAACAUCAUAAGAUCUUGACUAUUGGUCACUUCCCCAUAGCAGCAUAUUGCUACGAGAGGCAUUAUUUGCCAAGUUUUGCACCUAUCGUACGAUCCAUCGUUGCUUCCACCUGUUGAGUAGACUUUGGUCCUGUCACUUGAAUGGCUCAUUGUGUUCAUAACACUUCCCUAGUAGAUUGCCAGAUCUACAGGU